CGCUACUCCGCUAACUUCUGUGCGGUCAGCCAACCGAAGCAUGAGGUCUUUUUUGGGUUGUGUGUAUGUAUUUCACCAUCGUUUAACGGUAAACUGGUGAAAAUGUGGCGUCGUAUGUGAAGCGAUGGUCGGUAUUUACGACUCCGUUUCAUAACCGUAAGCCGCGGAACUCUCCUCUCUUCUGCCUCACCUCCUCCGACAGUGAAACACCGCUAGCUACGAUGUGACUGCGAAGACCCGCCGCCGUCAAAAGGGAAGUUAUAAUUGGCUUUAUCGUAGCCGACUACAACACGCGUGUCUGCUCUCGUGUAACGCAUGAACGGACAUUUAAUUUUUCUUUUUUUCUGCCCCCGAUUCACGAUUGAGCUCCGCGGUCGGAAAGAACCGCUGUGUUUUGUCGCGGCGGCGGAAAUAACCGAAGAAAGACGCAUCCUCAGCACUCGGUAGUUCCUCAUAAAGCGACAAAAACAUGUCUUUCUUCAAUUUCCGCAAGAUAUUCAAGUUGGGGCCCGACAAGAAGAAGAAGCAGUAUGAACAUGUGCACAGAGACGUCAACCCGGAGGAAAUAUGGGACAUUAUCGGGGAGCUGGGAGAUGGGGCGUUUGGGAAAGUGUAUAAGGCUCAGAACAAGCAGAACGGGACUCUCGCCGCUGCCAAGGUGAUUGACACGAAGACAGAGGAUGAGCUGGAGGACUACAUGGUGGAGAUUGAGAUUCUGGCCUCCUGCGACCACCAUCACAUCGUCAAACUGCUGGACGCCUUUUAUUUUGAAGGCAAACUUUGGAUACUGAUAGAGUUCUGCGCGGGUGGUGCGGUGGAUGCCAUCAUGCUGGAACUGGAGAGGCCCCUAACGGAGCCCCAGAUCCGUGUGGUGUGUAAGCAGACCUUGGACGCCUUGUGUUACCUCCACGAGAACAAGGUCAUCCACAGAGACUUGAAAGCUGGUAAUAUUCUCCUCUCCUUGGAUGGAGAGGUGAAACUAGCUGACUUUGGGGUGUCUGCUAAAAAUACCAAGACGUUACAGAGAAGAGAUUCUUUCAUCGGCACUCCGUACUGGAUGGCUCCGGAGGUAGUAAUGUGCGAAACGUCCAAGGACCGUCCGUACGACUACAAGGCCGAUAUCUGGUCCCUCGGGGUGACGCUGAUAGAGCUGGCAGAGGUUGAGCCACCCAACCACGAGAUGAAUCCCAUGAGAGUGCUGCUGAAAAUAGCCAAGUCCGAGCCGCCCACGCUCAUGCAUCCCUCUCGCUGGUCACCAGAGUUUAAAGACUUCCUGCGGAAAGCACUUGAUAAGAAUGUGGACAAUAGAUGGAGCACGGUACAGCUUCUACAGCAUCCCUUUGUCACCAGUGUAACUGAUUGUAAACCUCUCAGAGAGCUCAUAGCUGAGGCCAAAGCUGAAGUCACAGAGGAGAUUGAGGAAAGCAAAGAGGAAGAGGAGGAAGAAGAAACGCCUGAUACGCCUGUGGCUGUUCCUGGACACAAGCGAGCGCCAUCAGAUGUCAGUGUUGCCAGCUCAGAGGAUGACAAAGCCCCACAAACUCCCUCUACACUGGAAUCUGUUACAGAAAAGACAGAGGCAGAACCUGCCGUGGACCAAACCAGCGAUAAGCUCUCAGAUGAAGGACUUGGAACAAGUGAGGUAGACAAAACCGAGGAGGAGAAACUCAAUGAAGUGUCUGACGCCAGUAAUGAAGACCUGGCUUCUGGCGUAGUCGAGCCCACAAAGGAUCAAGUCUCACAAGAUCUUCCUGAGGAUAAACCAGAAGAUAGUCAAGGUGAAGAGGUUCCUACUGAGCCUGAAGCAGCACGACCUGAAGAACCCACAGAUAUCAAAGAUGUUGACACAGAAGAUCAAGAAAAGGAAAAGGAGAAGGAGACGCCUGCAGAGGAAACAGAGGAUAAACCUCCUCAAGUCACGGCAGAAGAAGAAGAGGUACUGAAGCCUGAAGAUGUAAAAGAAGAAGAAGAAGCAGGCACAGAAGAAUCUGGGAAAUUACAAGAGCAACCAGAAGAUGCACUAGAGAAACCAGAACCUGUAUCGGAAGAUGUGGCUCAAGUAGAGGAAGAAAGCAAAGAAACAAGUGAGGAGACUCCUAAGCACAAAGAAACAGAGGACAAAAUAGAAGAUGCAGUUAAUGAUGCUGAUGUAAAUGGACACGCAGAGAAUAUAGAAUCUAAUGUGAAGGGCACAAGCAUAAAUGGAGAGACUGACACAAAGUCAGGCGUGGAGGACUCCUCCACUGGCAUUUUGCUGGAAGAGACCAAAGAAACCGAGCCAGAGAAAAAGCCUGAAGAGGAGGUACCUGAGGAGACAGAGCAGCCUGAACAAGAGAGUGAGAGUGAGAGGGAACAGAAGGUGGAACUGGAGAAGGAGGCACCGGCUGAAUCCAUAAUUGGGGUCAGUGAUGAAAUCAAAGACAUCUCUGAAGGUUCUCAAGAAGUGGCACCAUCUGAAGACAUCCCUGUGAAGAAGGAAGAGGAAAAAGCUGCCCGCGCUGAUGAGAGCAUUUCCCAAGAUGCUGUGUCUGUUCCUGGGAGUGAAACAGACUCAGAAACCAAGGUGGAACCAGGAAGUCCAGCUGUGAGCAAACCAGAUGUGGAGAAGGACUCGGACUCUGGAAGCAGCUCAGCCGCCGAUAACAACAGCCUUGACCUGAACCUGUCCAUCUCCAGCUUCCUGUCCAAGACCAAAGAAGGGGGCUCCAUUUCUAUGCAGGAGUCAAGACGUCAGAAGAAGACGCUGAAGAAGACGCGUAAGUUCAUGGUGGACGGUGUGGAGGUCAGCGUGACGACAUCAAAGAUAGUGACGGAUAAUGACACCAAGAGCGAGGAGAUGAGGUUCCUCAGGCGGCAGGAGUUAAGAGAGUUGCGCCUCCUGCAGAAAGAGGAGCACAGGGCCCAGCAGCUGCUGAGCAACAAGCUGCAGCAGCAGAGAGAGCAGAUCUACAGACGCUUUGAACAGGAAACUACUGCUAAGAAGCGACAAUAUGACCAAGAGGUGGAAAAUCUGGAGAAGAAGCAGAAGCAGACCAUUGAGCGACUGGAGCAGGAUCACACCAGCCGACUCCGAGACGAAGCCAAGCGCAUCAAAGCGGACCAGGACAAGGAACUGUCCAAAUUCCAAAACAUGCUGAAGAACCGCAAGAAAGAGGUCAAACAGGAAGUCGGACAGUCACCCAAACACAUGAGAAAAGACCUCUUGAAACGCUUAAAGGAGGAUCUAUCGCUCCUCAAGACUGCAGAGGCAGUGGCCCAGGUUAUGAUUCAGUCUUUUCAGUUGUCCUCAUGUGCACUCUUCAACGCUCAGAUGCAGGAUGAGCAGGAGUUCCUGCAGAAGCAGCAACAAGACCUGGAUGGAGCUUUGAAGAAAAUCAUCCAGCAGCAUAAACUGGAAAUAGCCACUAUAGAGAGAGACUGCCUCAACCACAAGCAGCAGCUGAUGAGAGCUCGAGAGGCAGCCAUGUGGGAGUUAGAGGAGCGCCACCUGCAGGAGAAGCACCAGCAGCUGAAGCAGCAGCUUAAAGACCAGUACUUCCUGCAGAGACACCAGCUGCUGAAGAGGCACGAGAAAGAGAUGGAGCAGAUGCAUCGCUACAACCAGCGGCUGAUCGAGGAGAUGAAGAACAAACAGACUCAAGAGAGGGUUCGUCUGCCCAAGAUCCAGCGCAGUGAUGCUAAGACCCGCAUGGCCAUGUUCAAGAAGAGCCUCCGCAUCUCGGUCACUGCUGUUGUCACACCAGAGCAGGAGAGAGAUCGGAUUAAACAGUUUGGUGCUCAGGAAGAAAAGAGGCAGAAGAACGAGAGGCUCCAUCAGCACCAGAAACACGAGAACCAGAUGAGAGACCUGCAGCUGCAGUGUGACUCCAACAUCAGGGAGCUGCAGCAGCUACAGAAUGAGAAAUGCCACCUUCUGAUUGAACACGAGACCCAGAAGCUGAAGGAGCUGGAUGAAGAGCACAGCCAAGAAAUAAAGGAGUGGAGAGAGAAGCUGAGGCCCAGGAAGAAGGCGUUAGAGGAGGAGUUCAUGCGGAAGCUCCAGGAGCAAGAGGUCUUCUUCAAGAUGAGCGGUGAAUCUGAAUGCCUUAACCCCACCACACAGAGUCGAGUGUCCAAAUUUUAUCCCAUACCAAACCUGAACAACGCCGGUUUAUAGCCUCACGUCCGUCUGUGCUGUUAAAUUUCAAUCUCCUCGGUCAAACUAGGCUGCGUUCACAGACUCUUCCUGGUGGAUCAACACAAUUUCUCCAACCGCUUAGCGUUUUUUAAAAAAUAGUAAUAAAAUGGUCUUUCCUUCUUUGGCUCCACCACGAGCAAGCAUGACGUGCCUACACUCGCACUUAUUUCAUUUCUCUUGGUUUGUUCAGAGAAAUUGUCCCGAUGGAUAAUAUGCACUUUUUUGAGCAUGUUGGAAAAUUUAAAAGUCUGCGUUUGGUAGCAAAAGUCAGUGCUACUUAUCACUUAUGACUGUAAGCACAGCCUGCUACUAUAUGGACCAUCUCCAGUGCCUCAUAUAUUAUAUUAUUGUUUUUCUGCAUCCAGGCACUCCUCUGUUUUUACAACUCCCACUGAAAAUAGGUUAGGGUUAGGCCAAAUCCAUACUAAUCUGUUUUCUUUUAAAAUUUGUUUUUCAUUACCCUGGUGUUUUAUAGUAAAAGUUUAAAAUCACUGCUGCAUUUUUAGUGUAGAUGGAUAGAUACAGAUCAAAUUUACCAGAUAUAUCUGUCUUUCUAAUGUAGACGCCCACUAACGGUUAUUUUCAUAAUCAUCUUCUGAAAAAGAGCAAAAAAUGUGGAUUUGUUUCGCUAACUUGAAAUGAAAGGAACUAAAAUGAAUCAGUUUUAAUGAUUUCUGUGUUAAAUGGAGAAAAGAAACUAGAAAAUAUUCACAUUUACAAAGUUAAACAUUAUCAAAAUAGUUGACAAUUAAGUAAUCGUUUGGUCGUUAUUAACAUUGAUUAGUGAUUAAUUUCAUAUCAUGGGUUCUUGUGAAAUCUUCUUAAAAAUCACCCUAAAUGGACUUUGAAAGUGCUUGAAUUGUGUGCAAGAAAGAAGUUCUUAGGCUUAGCUAUGUCAGUCCUUGAAAUUUAUGGAACUGGUCCUGGAAAGCCCUUGAAAAAUCCUUGAAUUUUAUAUCAACUAAGGUGUGGGAACCCUGUUUUUAAAUGAAAACACAGUAGUAUGGAUGUGGACUUGGUGCACCUAAAUAACAUCUAAUUAUUAGUACCCAUAGUAAUAAUAAUAACCACAAAAUGGAGAUAACUUUUCAUAAUUUCAUAUUAGCUGGUGAUAAAAACAACCCUGAGGUUUUUGCUUUGCAGUUUGGAGGUCGAGCUGUUUCCUCACUGUGUCAUCGAACUUUGUCCGUUUGUUGCCAUGAGUCAGAAAAACAAAAAAAAGCGCCAUGUUUUGGAUCAUAAACCUGUGAGUUAAAAUGAAAAAAAGGAAUGUUGUUUGUUGUUGCUGUGAGUGAAUCGUUACAUCAUCUGUACACUCCAUAUGAAGUUAAAUCAGAUCGUGUGCUCACUGUGACACUUUUACAGUCUCCAGAGACGAGUGAACAAGAAAUACGAGUAUUGCUUUAGCACCUUUCACUUCAGUGCUGGACUACAAACACACACAUAAUAACUCUAUUUAUACACAGAGGUGAAAUGUGUUUAGUUUUGUUACGUAUAAAUCUCCUCAUAACCCUAACCUGAGUUAUUCUGAGCAGUGUUGUGUAAGAAUGGGUAUCAAAACAAAACUGAUAACAGUGCCUCAUUGGUCAAUAUUGCAGAAGACGAAGAAUCAAUUAUUUUCAGGACAAACAAUACUUAUAUCGAUAUUUAUAUUACAUUUAUUCUAACUUUUCUAUAUAAUGGACAGAUAUCAGACAAUGCUAGCACAGACUAUUAACAUUUUCCCACUUCCACACCUCAGUUUUAUAGCCGAGCAGCGCUAAAUUGGGCUAAAUUUGGCCAAAACAACUUUAAAUUAAGUUUUAAAUAAGAAAAAUGUAAUCAAAUUAAAUUCACUAGCACAACACACCAUUAUUGUAAUGUAGUGCAGCAUGUUUGCCUACUUUAGCAGUGCUGCCAUUUAGCAGAGCGGUCAUUUAGCAGAGCUAACGUUUAGCAGAGCUAGUGUUUAGCAACGCUGGCGUUUGGCAAUACUAGCGUUUAGCAGAGAUGUUGUUUGGCAAAGCUAGUGUUUAGCAGAGAUGGCGUUUAGCAAUGCUAGCAUUUAGCAAGGUAGUGUUUAGCAGAGCUGGGGCUCAGCAAAAAUAGUACUGAACAAAGAUAUUGCUUAACAGGGCUAGCACUUUGUAAAGCUAACUUUGCUGCUGAUGGCAUUACUCGGGACAAUUCUGCCGUCUCAUAGUGAGGUAAGAUGUACAUUCUUAAUUUCUGUGUCCUCCGCACCAAAUAUAUAGAAAAGUAUUAAUAAAGAGUAUCAUUAUUGAUUAGAAGUAUCAGUGAUAAAGUCCUGAUGAUACCCAUGCCUAGUUGUUUGGUGUGAAAACAAAUGGAUUCUAAAGGAAUGUAAAGCUGUUGAUUUGCACUGUUUAGCCAAAAGAGCUAAAUAGAAAAAAAAAUAUGCAGUAGUGAACUGUUUAUGACAGUUAGUCCUCUUUGUCUCACCUAAGCCUAUUCAAACCCUGCCUGUUUUUUUUAAAGCAAAAAUUAAUAAAUACAUUUUACUUUUUGUUUUUCAACUUUGCCCUUAAUAUUUUAUGACAAUAUCUAGUUUCCUAAACCACUUGUUCUGAUUUAUUGACGCUGUAAACAAGAUUUACGGUGAGACCAGAGUUGUAUGGAUGAUAAGUGCUGUAUCUGUAUGAGAACAAAUGUUCUCGCUGUAUUUUACGUGCAAAGUAUUGAUGGUCCACAAAAGGAGACAAAGAUUAAACUGAUUUCGUUUACUUUGCCACUGCGUCACAUCCACACGUGUUGUAACCAAUGAUCAAGAUGCAGACAUCAACAUUGAUGAAGUGUUUUUGUCACGAAUGCUGGAUUUUUAUCGGUUAUUGGAGACUUUUUCCUCUUGUGAAUUACACCAUACGCCCCAUAGAUUUCAGAUAUUUUUUUAUUUUAAGUUACAGCAUUUUAAUGUGUCGUCAAAUUGUCAUUCCACCACAAUGGAUAUUCUUAGUAUAUACAUUUUUGAUGUCAGAUUAAAUGUAUUCAAAAAAUUGUUAAUUGUAAAUAAAAUAUUGACUGUUUAUCCA